AUGAAAGUCUCCCUCAUUGCCAUUCUUGUUGUUGCUCUGGCCAUUGACGAUUUAAUAUGUAAGACUGUAUUGAUCAAACAUCAUUGCUCUGUUCCAGGUUCUGAGUCAGUAUCUCUGGUCAAGAGAGAGGCUCCUGCCGAGUUCGAGAUGAUCGCUAAGUACUUCCAGGACCUCGCUGACACUUUCAAAGCCCCCGAGAUGGCCAACAAAGCCAUGGCUUACUUUGAGGAGAGCAAAGCCCAGUUCCAGCCCAUGGUUGAGAAGCUCCAGGAGCAGCUGAAGCCUCUUUCCAACAUUGAAGAACACAUCAAGCCACUGGCCGCCUCCGUCCAGGCUCAGGUCGCCCCUCUGAGUGACAUGGUCCAGACCCAGGUUGAAGACAUGAUCAAGUUUAUGGCUGAGAAGACCAAAGAAAUCCUUCCUCCCCAGUAAACAGGAGUCG